AAAGGUGGAACCACACUUACCAAUUCGCAUGGGACAACACUAAUCCACAGAGCUUCUAGUGAGAGAGAAUGAGAGCCAUGGAUACUCUCUCUCCACAUGCAUCUCACGUGCCUUGGCAUGCCUCCAACUCUCGACCAUCUUCAUGUACUCCUCCAAUUGGAAGCCAGACGAAGGAGGAGAUCUUUCUGCUCUCUCUCUCUCUCUCUCUCUCUCUCUCUCUCUGAAUUCCCAAAUGGAUACUUCCCGGAAUAAAAAGUCACACAUCUCUCGCCCUUCCAUCCGUCACCAUCUCUUUCUCUCUCUUUUUACUGUCUUUAGGCCAUCAGUAGUGGUUUGUUGUUGGUUCUUCUUCUCUCUUCUCUCUUCUCUGCUCUAGUUCUUCCAAUGGGCAACCCCAUGGACUUCUAUUUUAAGGUGCUGGAAAUCCCCAAGGACUCCUCCCCUCAAGAAAUCCGCGCCGCCUACAGAGCCCUCGUCAAGAAGUGGCACCCCGACAAGCACCCCGCUUCCUCCAAGCCCCAAGCAGAGGCCAAGUUCAAAGCCAUCACCCAAGCCUAUGAGGCUCUUAAUGUUCAGGAGGACAGCAGAGCCAUGUUUGGGUUCUGUAACGACGUCGGGGACGGCGGCGGAGGCGGCGGUGGUAGCAGGGGAGGGGGCUCGAACAGGGGCCGGGAAGCGGCGAGACCGUCGCCGCUGCCGAGGCACCGGAGCCAGGAGCAAUUCCCUCAGAGCGGCUCAGGGAGGGGUUUCAAGGACGUGUACUACUCCAUGGGCGCCAGCAGCCCAGCGGCGAGGCCGACGUUCUCGGGGUCGGCUCGUCGGAAGCCCCCGCCGGUGGAGCAUAAGCUCGAGUGCACCCUCGAGGAGCUCUUCCGUGGCUGCAAGAAGGAGAUCAGGUUCACCAGGGACGUCCCCACCAAGAACGGGUUAAUUGUUCAGAAGGAGGAGAGACACACAAUUAAGGUGAAGCCAGGAUGGAAAAAGGGGACCAAAAUCACAUUUGAAGGGAUGGGGGACGAUGUUGUCGUCUUGAUAUCAGAGAGGGAGCACCCCAUUUUCAAGAGAGUAGGUAAUGACUUGGUGCUCAAAGUAGAGGUCCCCUUGGUGAACGCCCUCACUGGUUGGACCUUCUCUUUUCCACUCUUGAGUGGAGAGAAGAUGAGCUGCUCCUUCCAUGAUGAGAUCAUCUAUCCAGGAUACGUGAAAGUCCUUAAAGGUCAAGGCAUGCCUCUUGCGCAUGAGGAGGGGGUCAGAGGGGAUUUGCGAGUAAAAUUCCACAUCAUCUUCCCCGCGAAACUAAGCGACGAGCAGCGCUCGAGCAUCGUGGAGCUUCUGAAUGAUUGCACUUGAUCAUUGCUAGUUCUGUUCUUCCCCCUAUCUUCUAUCACUGUUGAUAUCCAUGUCUCGUACAUAAGAGUUUCAGGUGCAUAAAGGUUUGUUUAUAUGCAGUCAUCCCUGUGCAUAAAUGAAGUAUUGAGUUGGUGAUUACUCUCCUAGUUGCCAGUGAGAACUGUUUCCAUGUUAGUAGAUUUAGAAGUUGCCUCCCCCUUUAUACCCCUUUAGCUGGAGAAAUCUUUUGAGAAGUUGACCCUAUGUGAUAUUUUAUGUGCUGUUCCUUUUGAACUUUCUGGGGCCAGGCAUCAACCAGUCUUGUCUAUAUGUUGCAGGAAUAUAUGAAUGUUUUUUUCCGGCAGGCA